CCCACAAGCGGCAAUUAAAGCGCCGUAACCCAGCGCUCCUCUGGUUGCUGUGGUGACGCGUGUGUAAACGGAGACUGAGCAACAAAACAGCCCAUUUUAAAGCCGUCGGUUGCCGAUCAAUGAGUCGUCAUGACAGCAGGAUCAGUGUGUGCUCCUCUCAUCAUUCCAAUCGUCUACCAGGAGGAGGAGCGCAGAGCAAAGAAUCACAUCAACACCAACACACCUGUUUCUGUCCAAUCAGACUCUCCAGGUGUAAACAUCUUCUACACUCUGGACGGUUCCAAGCCCAUAGUGGGACGGAGCGUGAUGAGGCGGACCAUGGAGGGCGGCGGCGGCUGCAGCCACAGGUACAAGCAGCCCAUCCUGCUUCCUGCUGGGCGAGUGUCGGUCAGAGCCGUGGCUGUGUCCAGUGAUGGCAGAGAGAGCUCCGUGGUAACAAAGGUGUUUUUAGUUGAUCUCUUGGACUCAGACAACAGGAAGCAGACGAAGGAGAAACACCCGAGGAGCGAGCGGCAGAACUCUGCAGGUUCAUCCCUGAGACCACCAUCUACUUUACAGGAGGCAGGAAGUGAUGUCGGCGUCAGAGCCAACCUUUCGUGUUCACCACAGCGACGAGACGACCAGUCACAUGAUCACACGUCCUCCUGUCGUCUGUCCACAAUGUCUAGUGUCGUGGGACGGCACUCCCUGCAAGUGGGUCCAUGCGUCCUGACCCGUCUACUCGGCUCUCCAACUUCAUCACCGAAGUUCAACGCCUCAAACGCACCACAGAUCAAGAAGGAGAACAAAGUUCUGCAGUGUUCUCAGUGUCACAGUCUCCGUCCUUCAGACCCCUUCGCUCGGUUCUGUUCUCAGUGUGGAGCUGUGGUUCCUCCAUUACCUGAGCAGAGACUGCCUCCUGUGGAAGGUGGACAGGUCUUCUGUGUGUUCUGUAACACCGUGGUUCCAGUCAAUGCUCAAACCUGUUUGAUCUGUGAUGCAUCUGUCAAACCAGAGGCCCAACUAUCACUACAGGAUCUCAUUGUCUGUGGUGUCUGUGGAAGUGGGAAUCCAGGUCACAUGACCACAUGUCUCACCUGUGAGAAUCAACUACAACUGGACGGGUGUGUCACCUCCGUUCCCUCAGGACAGGGCAGGAUGUUGUCCUGCUCCAGGUGUAAACGUUUAAACCAAAGUGACGCCAGGUUCUGUGACUGGUGCGGCUGCAGGCCAGCUCCUCCCACCAGCUGUGUGACAUGUUGGCAGUGUGGAGCAGGUGGACCCCCGUAUGCCCUCUACUGUGCAGCCUGUGGGGAACAGCAGGAAGCGGUGGCCCCACCCACCAUGGAAAACGGCCCCUCCCCUCACCAGGCCAUGCACCAGUCUGACUGCAUCCCAAAUGUAAAGGUAGCCCCGCCCACUGUGGACCAGUGCACACAGACUGUUGGGCUGUACUUCCCCUCAGCCGCUGAACUCCACAAUAAGGGCCAACAGAGGGCGCUGCUGUUCAGCAGAGAGCAGCCAAGCAGAGACCGACAACCGCCCCGCAGUGCCAUCAGCCCGGGACGAGGUUACUGGAGGAAGCAGCUGGAUCAUAUAUGUGCUCACCUGAGAAGUUACACUCAAAACAACGCCCCCUUCAGGACACUGGUGGGAGAACCCCGACUAGGCCGGCUGGUGUCUGCUGUUUUUGAAGAUGACGGUUGUGAGGUCACGUUGACUGUUAGCUUCGUGUCUGCAGCAUCAAAAAAAGCACAGGUGUUCCCUGAAGAUGAUGUCGUGGAUCUGUCAGAUUCUCUCAUUGGACCAGUGGGUCGGGUUCUAUCAGCGGGACGAACUGGAAGUCUUAGCAGCAUUAUGGAGCGCUUUACUGACAACAGCAGCGGUGGCGACCUCAGUAACAAAGGAAGUGAACUGAGCACAGGUGGGAUCAAACGCUACAGACGGAACCUGACGCCCAAACCUGCGAUGAAGGAUGUUCAGCUGCUGAAGGAACUGGGUCCAGGUCUAGGACAUGUCAGUGUCAUCCAGGAGCUUCUUGAUCAGGGGGCAGACCCUUCUUGCUGCGACCCUGACGGCCGACAUGCUCUGGCAGUGGCUGUGGUCAGUGGUCACCAUGACGUACUUCCUGUGUUGCUGCAGCGAGGAGCAGACGUUGACCAGAAGUCAGGACGAAUGAAGAACACAGCUCUUCAUGAGGCUGCAGCGCGGGGCUCAGAAGGUCUUCAGUGUGCCCAGGUCCUUCUAAGCUGUAGGGCUAGUGUGAGGCAACAAAACGCAAACGGUCAGACAGCGUACGAGGUCGCUGUGAGCUCGGGCUGUGACAACAUGGUGGCGCUGUUGAAUAAUCAUGCAGGGCGACACCUGCUGGACAAAUCAAGGAAACCCAAACCCAGCCUGGACGUUUUCUGA